GACGAAAAAGAAAAAGAAAAAAAGAAAACGUUCAUCAAUCUCGAGGGAAAUUAUUGGAAAGAUAUUUAUCGGUUUCAUAUUAAAAUUGUCGGUCCACCCUCCUACUUAUUCGUGAUCCAAAUUUGCUUUCUGCAACCUCGUGUUCUUGCAAAAAACGAUCAUGUCGACCGUUAGCUUGAAGCCACUGUUCUGUCCUAGCCGUAGACAAACUUUAGUCAAUCGUAAGCCUUGCUUUGUGAAUUGCUCUUCGAAGUUUGUCGUCUCCGAUGUCAAACGGUUCUGCAACUUCCGUUCAACCUAUAGUUCUCCGUCUCAAACUGUUGCAGCUGCAUCUACAGAUACAGCUACACUUGAGUCAUUUCAAUCAGCUGCUGUAUUCUUCGACGAAACUUUUCCAAUCAGCCGAACUGAUAAGUUAGAGGGAAAGAUCUAUGUAAGAUUAGAGCAGCGAAAGGAUUUGAAUGAUUGGGAGCUUACGGUAGGUUGCAGUGUACCCGGAAAAUGGAUUCUUCAUUGGGGAGUUUCCUUUGUUGAUGACGUCGGAAGUGAGUGGGAUCAACCUCCUCGUGAUAUGAUACCCCCUGGUUCUGUUCCUAUCAAGGACCAUGCAAUAGAGACACCCAUGAAGACACCACCAUCAACUUCUGAAGGAGAUACAUUCCAUGAAGUCAGGAUUGAUAUUAAACCCAACAACCAGAUUUCAGCAAUUAAUUUUGUUCUGAAGGAUGAGGAAACCGGAGCUUGGUAUCAACAUAAAGGAAGGGACUUUAAGGUUCCUCUUAUCAGCUGCCUCAAGGAGGAUGCUAAUAUAAUUGGUCCUAAAAGGGGAUUUAGUUUAUGGCCAGGGGCCUUGGGGAGGUUAUCUGAUAUGCUCCUGAAAUCAGAUUCAACACAUUAUGAAGGUCAAGAGAAGAGAAGCCAAUCUAGAGUUCCUGAACAAGAAAGCCAUCAACCAGAAGGUUUCUAUGUAGAACUUCCGGUUAUAAAAGAGGUUCCUGUCAAUAACUCCAUGAGCAUCUCUGUCAGAAAGUGCUCUGAGACAGCUAAGAAUAUUUUAUAUUUAGAAACAGAUCUUCCUGGAGAUAUUGUCCUUCAUUGGGGGGUUUGCAGGGAUGAUGCUAGAAAGUGGGAAGUUCCACCUGCUCCUCAUCCACCAGAAACAGCAGUAUUUAAAGACAGGGCUCUGAGAACUAAAUUUCAGCCAAGCGAAAAUGGAAGAUAUUCAGUACUAAUUACCUUGGGGGAAGAAUUUUCAGGGUUUCUUUAUGUGCUUAAGCUAAAUGAAAAUAGUUGGUUAAAUUCAAAGGGGGAUGAUUUUUUUGUUCCUCUUUCAAAUUCUAGUGGAUUAUGUAUUGAAAAGAGAGUUGAUCAGUUAGAAGGCAUGCAGAGAGAAGCAAAAGAAGAUGCAAGUGAAAAGGCUUCUACCUCUGCAUACACUGAUGAAAUAAUCAACGAAAUAAGGAAUUUGGUGACAGGCAUCUCCUCUGAGAGGAGUCAAAAGACAAAAACCAAAGAAGCACAAGAAAGCAUUCUUCAAGAAAUUGAACGACUUGCUGCUGAAGCCUAUAGUAUCUUCAGAAGCUCUGUUCCAACCUUUCCAGGGGAAACUAUGGUGGAAUCUGAGGUUGCUGUGGAAUCAGAAACCCUGAUACCACCUCCAAAAAUAUGCUCAGGAACAGGCACAGGGUAUGAAAUACUAUGCCAAGGGUUUAACUGGGAAUCUCAUAAAUCAAGAAGAUGGUACAAGGAGCUGGAAGGGAAAGCUGCAGAGCUUGCAUCCCUUGGUUUUACUGUAGUUUGGUUACCGCCACCUACAGAAUCUGUUUCACCAGAAGGAUACAUGCCGAAGGAUUUGUAUAAUUUGAAUUCCAGAUAUGGAAGCAUUGAUGAACUGAAGGAUUUAGUGAAAAGAUUUCAUGAAGUUGGGAUCAGAGUUCUUGGAGAUGCUGUUUUAAAUCACCGCUGUGCCCACUAUAAGAAUCAGAAUGGCAUUUGGAACAUAUUUGGAGGUCGUCUAAACUGGGAUGAUCGGGCUGUUGUUUCUGAUGAUCCACAUUUUCAGGGUAGGGGAAACAAGAGUAGCGGAGACAAUUUCCAUGCUGCUCCAAACAUUGAUCAUUCACAGGAAUUUGUGAGAAAGGAUCUAAAAGAAUGGUUAUGCUGGUUGAGGGAAGAAAUAGGGUAUGAUGGAUGGAGGCUUGACUUUGUCAGGGGGUUUUGGGGUGGUUAUGUAAAGGACUACAUUGAUGCAAGUGAACCUUACUUCGCUGUAGGAGAGUACUGGGAUUCCCUCAGUUAUACAUAUGGUGAAAUGGAUCCUAAUCAAGAUGCACACAGGCAGAGAAUCGUUGACUGGAUCAAUGCUACCAAUGGUACUGCUGGUGCCUUUGAUGUUACGACAAAAGGGAUUCUUCAUUCUGCCUUGGGAAGAUGUGAAUAUUGGCGAUUAUCAGAUCAGAAGGGAAAACCCCCUGGUGUUGUUGGAUGGUGGCCCUCGCGUGCUGUUACCUUUAUAGAAAAUCAUGACACUGGUUCUACCCAGGGUCAUUGGAGAUUUCCCAGUGGAAAAGAAAUACAAGGAUAUGCUUACAUUCUUACUCACCCAGGCACCCCAACGGUGUUCUUUGACCACAUUUUCUCUCACUAUCAUAGUGAAAUAGCAGCACUUGUAUCCCUCAGGAAACGAAACAAGAUCCACUGUAGGAGUACGGUUCGAAUUUGUAAGGCAGACAGGGAUGUGUAUGCAGCCAUCGUUGAUGACAAAAUUGCUAUGAAGAUUGGACCUGGCCAUUUUGACCCACCUAAUGGCUCUAAAAGAUGGUCCUCAGCCAUUGAGGGAAGAGACUAUAAGAUUUGGGAGGCAUCAUAAGUAUUGGCCAAAUCACAUCAAAUGUAUCUUUUGAUAGAUUUUUCAAGUAAAUUCAAUGUACAAAAUGAUUCUUAGAUCAAGUAUAGAUCAAGUCAAGGCAUGUCAAAGGUGGACUCUUUGACAUGUAAACAUUUUUACCUGUCAUCAACUCGAUUUGCCUAAUCUCCACUCUGCAUGUAACAUUGUCUAGCACAGGUUAUUGUAAUGGGAUGGUUUGUAGUUGAGAAGUCAUGCCAUGCUAUUGCAGAGAAUGUGUAGACAUGGAGCCAUUAAAGAAGCAUGAUGAAGGUUGCAUAGGAUGGUGGCAUUUAAACCAAAUGCAGACUCAUCAAUGAGUUGUAUCAUACAUAGUGUACUUAUAUUUCAUAAUUCAUAUGAACAUGAUUGAAGUGUAUUCGUGGCAUGAAUGGUUACUAUUUUUAUUACAAGAGAACACAAAGUAUAGGUGUAUAAAAGCACUGUAAGAAUUCUAGUUCUUACGAUUUUUCACCUGUUUA